UCAUUUCCUCCUCCUCCGCCGCCAUUUUGUGUCGGAUUCGCUACGAAGAAGCAGCAGCGCGGAGGGGAAAAAAGGGGGAAUCAGCCAAGAGCGGGAAACUGAGUGCGUGUGACCGAGCACGGACCGCGGGGAUACAGGACCGAACCGCCCUCAAGAAAACCAACGACGACAUAGCAUUCGCCGGUAACUUUCCUGAGCGGACGGCGAGGACAGCAGCCCGGGCUGCAGGCCACAAUGACCAACGAAGAACCACUCCCAAAAAAGGUUCGGCUCAGUGAAGCAGAUUUCAAAGUCUUGCCAAGGGAAGAACUCCUUCAAAGAUGGAAGCAAUAUGAAGCUUAUGUUCAAGCUCUUGAGAACAAGUACACUGAUCUGAAUUCUAAUGAUGUAACCGGCCUUCGAGAAUCUGAAGAGAAACUAAAACAGCAGCAGCAGGAGUCCGCCAGAAGGGAGAACAUAUUAGUCAUGCGAUUGGCCACUAAGGAGCAGGAGAUGCAGGAAUGCACGAACCAGAUUCAGCAUCUCAAGCAAGUCCAGCAGCCAAGUGUUGCCCAGCUGAGAACAACUUUGGUUGACCCAGCCAUCAACUUGUUUUUCCUCAAAAUGAAAGGUGAACUGGAACAGACUAAAGACAAACUGGAACAAGCCCAAAAUGAACUGAGUGCCUGGAAAUUUACGCCUGAUAGCCAAACAGGCAAAAAACUAAUGGCGAAGUGUCGAAUGCUUAUCCAGGAGAAUCAAGAGCUGGGAAGGCAGCUGUCCCAAGGUCGUAUUGCUCAACUUGAGGCAGAGUUGGCUUUGCAGAAGAAAUAUAGUGAGGAACUUAAAAGCAGUCAGGAUGAGCUAAAUGACUUUAUCAUUCAGCUAGACGAGGAAGUGGAAGGCAUGCAAAGUACCAUCUUAGUUCUUCAACAGCAAUUAAAAGAAUCCCGCCAACAGCUCUCCCAGCUCCAACUACAACAGUCUCAAGUUUCUGCUAACAGGACUCCAACAGAGAUCAAAGAAGAGGGAGAGACCGUGAGCAAAGACUGCAUCCGGGUGGCAAAUGGACCAAGCAACGGUGGCUCUUCCCAUCAGAGAAGUCACAACUCUGCAGCGCUUUAUAGGGAGGGUAGUAGUGCAGAAGACGACUUUCCUGGGUCUCCUGUGAAUGAGGAAAAGCUGUCCAACCACUCAGAGGAGAGAACUGGUAGAGGGGGGUCAAGCUACUUAAAUCAGCUUAGUACGGGGUAUGAGAGUGUAGACUCGCCUACUGGAAGUGAGAACUCUCUCACUCACCACUCUAAUGAUACAGACUCCAAUCACGACUCUCAGGAGGAGAAACCAAGGAGUGUGAAAGGCAACAGAACUGUGAGCUCCCGCCACAUUCAGAAUGGCUUGGACUCUGGAGCAAAUGUACAGGGAUCUGUUUUGUAAAGGAAGAAAAGACCUUGUUUUUUUUUUUUUUUUUUUUUUUUUGUUAGUUUUUUUCUAUGAAUACAAGUCGUUUAAUUUCACAGUUCAUACUGUCCAGGAAUAGUGUAUAUUUUCUCAUAAUUUUGCCUUUCUAAGUUUUUGUUUUUCAUUGUUGCUUAAUGUAAUAUCAGUUUGGUCAUUUUAACAGUUAAUUACAUGGACAGUUGCAAACAUUGACAUGUAGACAAUUAUUUUUAUGUAAGAUAUAAAAGUUGGAAAAUUUGACUUUGUAAAUUCUUCUCAUCAAUGAUGUCUGUACAACUGCUAAUAUCUUAAACCUUUGCUGUGUAGUGGGAUUUCUACCGUCUCUAUCACCAUUUUUUUCAUUGUACUGUGUGGGCAAGACUGCCAAGUACGCCUGGUAACAUUGCUUAAUCACCAAAAGGUCUCUGGUCCUUUUGUGUUGAAGUAUGUUUUAAUUUCUCCUUCAGGAAAAUAACUGUACAUACUAUCCUUUCUUUAGAUGGCUGAAUGUUUGACACUGGCGUGCAGUUAUACAGUUUUCCAGACAGUUGUACCUUGUUUAUGCAUAUGAUCCUGUGACUCCAAUAUUACCUUGCCUGUACUGACCAAACCAAAAUAAAGAUUUCUUUUUUUAAUAA